UUUCCUACGCAGUUUGUUGUAGAAAUGUCAACAUGGUGGAAAUUUCCACUACUUUUGCUUAACGACAGCGCGUUACGGGAUAAACAUAAACUGGUCUGUCUGCCGCGGGCGAGGACGCGAAGCGUCGGGGGAAGGAGCCGAGGUGCCGUUGGCGGCCGCACCGCGCUGCCGGGCGAGUUUGAGUUUAGUUACACGGGCUUCUCCUCCUCCGGAGAGCGAGCCGAGCUGCCGAGCUAAGCUAAGGCUACUGUAGCCGAGCUGCUCCGCUCGCUCAGCCCAGUGAUCUCCUCGCAGCACCCGGGCGGAAACGAAGGCUUUACCCCUCAUUUCGGACAUGGAGUUCCACACCGUUGGUUCUGGUGGGCUGUUGGUGUCCAGUAGCAACGUGCCUGCUUUUCUCACCAAACUUUGGACGCUGGUGGAGGAUCCAGAGACCGACCCGCUGAUCUGCUGGAGCCCCCAUGGCAACAGCUUCCAUGUGUUCGACCAGGGCAGGUUCUCCAAAGAGGUGCUUCCUAAGUACUUCAAGCACAAUAACAUGGCCAGCUUCGUUCGACAGCUCAAUAUGUAUGGCUUCCGCAAAGUGGUUCACAUUGAGCAGGGUGGAUUGGUGAAGCCUGAGAAAGAUGACACGGAAUUCCAGCAUCUUUUCUUUAUUCGUGGACAGGAGCACUUGUUGGAGAACAUUAAGAGGAAGGUGACCGCAGUGUCAAAUAUUAAGCACGAAGACCUCAAGCUGAGCCCAGAUGACAUGACCAAGAUGAUCUCAGAUGUACAGCAAAUGAAGGGAAAACAGGAGUCCAUGGAUUCUAAAAUCAGCACCCUCAAACAUGAGAAUGAAGCUCUGUGGAGAGAAGUAGCUAGCUUGAGGCAGAAACAUGCCCAGCAACAGAAGGUUGUCAAUAAGCUCAUCCAGUUCCUGAUUACAUUGGCGAGGUCCAACAGAGUUCUCGGAGUGAAAAGAAAGAUGCCCUUAAUGCUGAACGAUAGCAGCACUGCUCACUCUAUGCCUAAAUUCAGCAGGCAGUACUCUCUGGAGCCUUCACCCGCUCUCUCUCCACCUGGUGCGACUUUUGCCGGAACAGGCAUCUUCUCUUCCAACUCUCCCGUCAAGACUGGCCCUAUUAUCUCUGACAUCACAGAUACGGCCCAGUGUAGCCCCACUGACAAGGAAGACUGGAUUGAGGACAGAACAAGCCCACUGGUGCACAUUAAGGAAGAGCCGUCAAGUCCCACCCACUGUCCCGAGAUAGAGGAAGUGUGUCCUGUGGAGGUGGAAGUUGGGGUAGGGUCGAGUGUGCCGGCUGACACACCUCUCUCACCCACCACCUUCAUCAACUCCAUCCUUCAUGAGAGCGAACUUGUGCCUCACCCAACUCCGUCCCCCACAGAGCACAGAUGUUUAAGUGUGGCCUGCUUGGACAAUUCCCCCCAGAUGUCUGAGGUCUCACGCCUUUUCCCCAGCCUCUCCUCGUCUCCUCACCUCAGAACACAUACAGGGACAGAGUUCAGCGAUCACCUGGAUAGCAUUGACAGCGGUUUGGAAAACCUCCAGUCGAUCCUCAAUGCACAGUCCAUCAAUUUUGAUUCUUCGCCUCUCUUCGAUAUCUUCAGUGCAAACUCUGCCUCUGAUGUCGAUCUGGACAGUUUGACAAGCAUCCAGGAAUUACUGUCACCAGAACCUGCCAGAGAGACGGAGUCUGGUGCAAACUCCAGUAAAUCGGGAAAGCAGCUGGUUCAAUACACAGCUCAGCCAUUGGUUCUCCCUGACCCAAUCACUACAGAGACCACUGGGGACGACCUGCCCAUUCUCUUGGAGUUGGAGGGGGACUCAUAUUUUGGUCAGGACCCUGUGGAGGAUCCCACAGUUUCACUUCUGAGCACCGACUACCAAACAGCAGUACCCGAAGACCCCAAGCUAUAGUAGAAAAGGCAGCUUUUAUAAAGGGAUUUACAUGUGUGGAUUUUUUUUUGUCAUGUUUUCUGUUUUUCUUUCCUUUUUCUUUAUAUGUUAAACUUAGCCAUGUCACCUUUUGCCCUGUCAGUCCUUUUAAAUCAUAACUCCUGAUUUCUGAGCAAUAGAGAAAUAUCUUUCGCUGUUGUUUCCUCAUGAUUGUUCAUAGAUUCGGUGCAGUUGAAAUGCGCGUGUUUAAUUUCGUACUUUUGCGGUUUGCGUUUUUCUAAAACAUCAGGUUGAAGCCGUACUCGGGAAUGACCAAAACGGCUCCGCGGCCCGGACUAGCUCUUAACAACUGAAAUGAUUUAACGAACCCGCCCUACUGAAGUAGAAUGAACAUGGUGUUAGGAAUGUUUUCAUGAUGCGUAAAAACAUCUAUAUUGUAAUGUAACUGUAAUGCUUUGCUUUCUAUGAGAUUUUUCACACAGAUAUUGCGAAUACUUCUUUGCCUUCUUUGAGGGCUUUUGCUGGCGGUAGCUAUUCCUGAGUGGGACGUUAACUCUUGUAAGAAAACGUAUAUGCGUACAAGUAUUAUGUUCUUUCUUUAUCUGGCAUGCAGAGUUGGGGGGGUGGGGCUUGUAAAAGAACCUGAUUUUGUUCUUGUCCUCCGCUCCAAAGCCGGUUUAGCAUAAAGACUGUUCAGAUAAGCUGUUCUUAACUCUGCUGCAAAAAGGGUUGAAUUUGGUUUUUGCUUGUUUCACUAAGAGCGGUUUUGUUUCGUUAGUUUUCAGAUCUGAGUGUAGACCCCCAUCACUACAACUUACUUUAGAACCGAACCGAACGUGUAUUUAACUCAUUUUGAAGCUUGAAGUUGCACCUGUUUUUCCAUCCAAAUGCUUGGUUCUUAAAUUACUGAGAGAUUUUAAUUUGCAGCAGCCUUGGUGUGGAAUUCUGUGGCUGUCUCAUGGAUAUUGAAGUUUUCAGAAAGAAUAUAAUGUAUGUGGACAUAGUUUGAUGACGCAGUGUGUAGAAGCCCUUAGGAACCAGCUGUAUUGCAAUAUUGAGCUCUCUUCUGCUCAAAUAAUGCACAGAGCUCAUCUACGCUGUCGCACAAAACAACUUCCAUCUCCGGUUUAAACUCCAGUUACCCUGGUGAAAAUGUUAUGAACAGCAGCAGAAACGGUCCAGAGUUACUUAGAAAAAGGUCUUUUUACAUCAACUUCCUUUACCAGUUUUUUAUUUUUUCCCGUGUCCUGUAAAGCGAGUUUUGGAGAGAUGAGGUAUUGUUCCGAGAGCGAUGUUAUACAUGUGCAUGUUUAGGACAAAGUAGAUUUUUGGUUCAUUGCUGUUUCCAGAUCAGCUUUUAAUUUGCGCCACGGUAACUGUUCUUCAAACAGAGCCGUACAACUGAUGCUAGAUCAGAUGCUUUGUGACUACAGACCCAGUUCACGUUUGCCUUAGUCUUCAGUCGUAUUUAUUUCGAUGCAGUUUGCUGUGCUAGAUGACUGCGAUCAUUAUUUUUACAUUGCAGCAAAGGAUGUGUGAGGAACGUGUGAGUGAGGUUGUGUGCAUUUAGAAAAAAAGAAAAAGCUGCCUUUCUCACUAUAGGCAAGUCUACUGUGUGUAUAGCCAAAACGGAGGCUUUAUUCAUGUGCGUUUGUAAUGGGCCAAGGCUGAAAAAAAUAUUUGGUAAAUUUGGCGCUAAAAAUGCGAAGUUUUACCACAGGCGUUCUCGGGGCAGCAGCGAAGGGCCACUUUUGUGGACGCUUAUUAUUCCUAGUGCAGGGUUGGGUAGUCAUAAACUGAUCUAGAAGCAGCUAGUCAACUCCCAUCCAAGACCACGUGGAGAAUAACCAUCCAUAGUGAAAUCAGUCACAGGUUAGAUAGAAACUGACUGGGUAGCGCGUGUUCUGUAAACAGAAAAAUCAAGAGCCCACUUUGAAAAAGGUCAUGUGGAUUUUUUUUUUUUUUUUUCACAUCCUGACCAGUUUUGAUAGCCGUGCAUGACCUUUUUUGUAUGCAACAGAGAUCAGAGGUGAUGCAAAUUUAAUAUUAAAAAGAUAUUCUGCCGGAUUUGAGUGAGUAAAAAAUUGAAAGUGUAUUUAUUUUGUAUGAUCUGUGCCCAUGCUGCCCCCUCGUGGCUCCAAUUGGUCAAGCUUUGUUUCUGGUGAAACGGAGAGCAAUAUGGUGUGGCAAUAGCAGGAAUUGCAUAUACAUAAAAAAUAUAUAUAUUGUUGGUAAUUUCUAAUAUUACAAUCAUCAGUCUCAAUUUAGUCGUUAGAUAUCUGUAAUAGAGACACAGCUAAAUUAUUUUGUUACGCAUGUAAACACUGUGUAUUGGUAUGUUUUAAAUAAAAAUGAUUUUGAAAGUA